UGGUUGUCCAGGCCUACGUCACCACGCAGUCAAACGACAAAAUGUGAACAAUUACCCGUUUCAAUAAGAGAUGAAAUAGCCUUAUCAGAAAGUAUGUACUUAGAAAAUCAACAUCUGCAUUGUUUUGUUUUUCACUAAAGAGCGGCCUCCAAGCACCGCAAUUUAUGUCCAAAAACCUUGUGAAAGCCGUCUACUAUUGAAUACAGCGAAACUGACUGGAUUAGGCAUUAACAUGAAUGCGACAAAUUGCUGUUUUGACUCAUGUAAUCCGAAUCUUCAACCCGUUCCACACGCCAUUUUUGUGUCGCUUCACUGUAUUUCAAGCUCUCUGGCAGUAUUUGGAAAUAUUAUUGUUUUGAUAGCGUUUGGUAAAACUCCGAGUCUUCACUAUACGUCGAAUUAUUUCCUCGUCUCGCUAAGUGUAGCUGAUUUGGUAGUUGGCUUGCUGAUCAGUCCAUUGUAUAUAGCUAUAACCACUCUUCAAGUAUGGGUUAGCGACCACUGGUUGUAUUUAGCUGAAAACUGCUUGUGGAUACAGACUUUGAUGGCAACUACGUUCAGCCUAGCAGCGGUAAGCAUUGACCGAUAUCUCGCAAUAACGCGCGUCUUCGACUACGCUGACAUUGUAACGCGGGACAGAUGCGUAAGAAUUAUAUUUUCUAUAUGGACAGCGUCRAUUUUAUUUGGUUCAACAGCGUAUUACACACCAAAAACUUACUCUUCAGUGCUCUGGACAACUUGCUUGGUAACGACAUUUGGUAUUCCUUUAAUCAUCAUCUGUCUCUGUUACUACAAGAUCUUGAAAACAGCCAGGUACCACGCAAGACAAAUCGCAACAACCCAUACCAGCGACGUUAAUAAACGCAAAGAGUGCUUACGUAAUAACAAAGCAGCGUUCACUAUUGGGAUUAUUAUUGGCUGUUUCGUUACUCUCUUUACGCCCAGUUUCAUCUUUGCGUGUAUAGAGCUAAAUGCAGAGGAUAAGUGCCGAAAGUUGAUUAUAUAUCGACACUGGUUGUGGGGGAUAUGGGUUUCAUAUCUAUCUAGCGCAAUUAACCCKUGGAUUUACGCAGUCAGAAGCAUAGAGUUCCGAAAAGCRAUGAAAAGAGUUGUCAAAUGUGCGUGGGAAUGAAUUUGGGAUCAGUUAAMUAUUGAACAAAAACAAAGGAUGACACUAUAAUCAAUCAUUUGCGUCUAUURAGUAUAAAAAUACCGUGAAAAACAUUACKCUUGCCGGUGAAUAUGAAAACGCUAGUGUAUUUUUACGUUUUGAACUUACGUCUAACAACGCCAUAUCACUGAAUAUGACAKAAUAAUACAUUUGAAUAUGCUCUUCGGCUUACGUCCGCACUACGCUUGAUAACUACGCAACCGCAACCACUUCGCCAUGUAUUCCAGUAUUCUUUUGGCYGCAUGUCCAUACUACGUUUGAUAACUACGGAAACGCAACGGWUUUCUYUUCCACCUUACGUCCCUACGCCAAAUAUAUACAAAAGCGCAUUACUUCGCUUGAUAGACGCGAAACCGCAACUGUAUGUAUACGUUUUGACAUUUCGUCGCCACUACGAUUCACGAGGCUUGUAACGUUAGCGUAACGUCCACAUUAGUACGGUUUGAAAGCUUUCAAAAUUAAUAUUAUACCUGACAUAUAUAACGACGCCAAUAUUCGCUUCUCUUAUUCAAAAUUAAUGACAGACCACCUUGCUUGCACAAUAGAUCAGUCACUAGAAAUAAUUAGUACCUUUCUAUUGCAUCUGCCAAAGCCUAAGUUCAUGARCCUUUGGAAGUCGAUCAAAAUCUGCUAAUAAGAGCUUGCUGAACUGCAAAUUUCUCGGAUAGUAACUUCUUGUCUCAUAAAAGUUCUCAAAAACCACUAAUAUUCAAUAUGAAAUGUUUAUCUAUUUUCCAUUUGACCGUGAAAGAUGUCAUAACAUUUUCAUUCAAAAGUAAUUCCUGAUAUUAGUUAAAAUGUUAAAAUUUGAUUAAAAACUUCAUUGACUACCCGUUAUGUACAGAGAGAUUGAAGAAUAAUGUUUUUCCUAUUCUGACUAGAACCAGUUAUUUCAAAUCGUUAACAUCUGUACACGAUUCUACUCGUAAUCCUCAAAAACAAAUAUUUGACUUUGAAAGAACAUCUUAUAUUGGGAAGCAUUUACACAAAUUUCCCUUCAUAAGUAAUAUUUGUUCAACGUUAUGAAAUUUCCUUUUAUCUAAACGUUAUCCUGUUUUUUAAGGUAAUUGGUUCACGUAAAUAAGCCUUUAAGUUAUUUCUUAUAACACCUGAUAGUUUUGCCUUACUCAACAACUGUAAAAGCACUUCUUUAACGCACGUAACCACUAAAAACGUGACUGUUAGAUGCACGUAAAUCACUAAAAAGUACGUAAUAGGCAGGAACUGAAAACGCAGAUAAACACCGAGAUGCACGUAAAAAAGGAGACAAUGAGACGCACGCAAACUCAUAAAAAAACAAUUGGGAGACAUACGUAUAACAUGCCCGCGAGAAGAACGUAACGAUUAACAACGUAUGUCCACAUCAAGACAGGAAGACCGUCCAUACGAGAUUGGGAGAAGCACACAAAGACUUCAAAAAGAGAAAAUUUGUAAAAAAUCAUGGCACUUAUUGUCAUAACUGCCAGUCAUCAAAACAACAAUUUCCUUCUUUAUCUCAUUAUCGACAUCGUUAAGUACAAACUAAGCCGAACAUGAAUUAACAAACAACAUUAACACUUCGGUGAACGCUGGUAUAAUUAAAACAAGUUUGGAUCAGGGACGUGGGAAGAGAUUUUCUUCCCACGUCCCUGUUUGGAUAUACACUCAAUACUUCCACUAACUACUUCCUAACAAAAUGAAAGUUCCUGUGUAUUCAAAUAAAAGUCGGAGAAGUCUCGUCAACGCUUGAAAAAGGAAAAGAGUUCCAUUUUUUUCUCUCUUCAUUUUUAAAUCACCGCAAACCCUCAGAUUCAGGAGCCAAAAUUAAAAMUUUGGCCUUUUCGUCGAAGGCAAUUAGCACUAGAAAUAAAUAAACUUCUGCAGAAUGCAUGUACAGUUCAAACAAAAACCUAUUAAACUCGUAAUCAUCCUUUUAAACCGUCUAUGUGCCCAAGACUUAAAUUCUCAAUGUCGAAUUUUCACAAAAGUAGAUAUAUUCAAUUUAAAAAGUGCACCUGUUUUUAUCGAAAACAACGUUAUAAAAUGUCUUUUAAUUGUAACCCAUUGCAGAUUAUAAAUGUUAUCCGAUCAAUAAGAAUAUAUAGAGCAAAUAGUAGUACAGAAAUAAUAAAAAMUCAUAGAAGAAAGAAGCGAGUUUAAAAGAAAAACAAGAAAAAAAAAUAAUGCAAACAAAGAGAAGAAGCGGUGACACUAUAGAAGAAUGAUUACGGAAAUGAGAACAAGAUUAAAAAUAGUGAGAUUUUACAUCAAGAGCUCAAMAUUUCAAACAAAAGGAAAACAAACUCUCCCACGACGCUUAAACAAUCCAAUGUAAUCAUUGUAGAUCUGACAAAGAAUUGCGAAACAAAUACUGAUUUAACUGCGAAAAYUUUUGAAGUGAACCCUCGUACUUGAAUAGAUAAAAUUCAUUGUAAAAUAUCACAUUUCUGUUGACAAUUAAUGAUAAUUAAACUACAACAAGGGAUGUUUACUGACUUUUAAGACGUCAUAGGGUCUAAAAAGAUAUUUCGAAAUACAGAUCCAAUGUUUGGAGGAGAACGACAGAUGAWAAUUAUUCAAAAUUUGUAAUUCCUGCAUUAAAAAACAGUAUUUGGAUAGGAUUUGAUUUUAGAAAUUUCCCUGAUUACUUAGUGCGCAACCGUAUGGCAAAAUUAUCGACGCCAUGUUGGCAAUG